GGUCCAUUUAGUGCUACGUUUUUUGCAUCUUCGUGUCUUUUGUUGGUGAUUUGGCUAUUUAAAAUGUACCCAAGGAGAAUCCCUCAGCACACUCGACUUUCUUUAAUCCGCCAUAUUGUCUGCUGAAGCUACCGCUGAAGCUGCCACCGCCAAGUAGGAGCAAGCGGAGCCGCGAUGGAGACCAUGGCGAGCCCUGGGAAAGACAAUUAUCGAAUGAAGAGCUAUAAGAACAAUGCCCUAAACCCUGAGGAAAUGAGACGAAGAAGAGAAGAAGAGGGCAUUCAGCUCCGGAAGCAAAAGCGGGAGCAACAACUUUUUAAACGGAGAAAUGUGGAGCUGAUUAAUGAAGAAGCCGCCAUGUUCGACAGUCUCCUCAUGGACUCCUAUGUGAGCUCUACCACUGGGGAGAGUGUGAUCACACGUGAGAUGGUGGAGAUGCUCUUUUCUGAUGAUUCUGACCUGCAGUUAGCAACGACACAGAAAUUCCGGAAACUUCUCUCCAAAGAGCCUAGUCCUCCAAUAGAUGAAGUUAUCAACACUCCAGGAGUGGUGGAUCGUUUCGUGGAGUUUCUGAAGAGGAAUGAGAAUUGCACAUUACAGUUUGAAGCUGCCUGGGCUCUAACGAACAUUGCCUCUGGAACCUCUCAGCAGACCAAAAUUGUCAUCGAAGCAGGGGCAGUCCCCAUUUUCAUAGAGCUGCUUAACUCAGACUUUGAGGAUGUACAGGAACAGGCAGUCUGGGCACUGGGAAACAUAGCUGGAGACAGCUCCGUUUGCCGAGAUUACGUCUUGAAUUGUUCCAUUCUUAAUCCUUUGUUAACACUUCUCACCAAGUCCACACGAUUGACAAUGACACGGAAUGCAAUCUGGGCCCUGUCAAAUCUCUGCCGAGGAAAGAACCCACCCCCAGAGUUUGCAAAGGUCUCCCCUUGCUUGCCUGUGCUGUCUCGCCUACUCUUCAGCAGUGACUCAGACUUGCUGGCAGAUGCUUGCUGGGCCCUUUCUUAUCUGUCUGAUGGCCCUAAUGAAAAGAUCCAGGCAGUCAUAGACUCUGGAGUCUGCCGAAGAUUGGUAGAGCUUCUAAUGCACAAUGACUACAAAGUGGCCUCUCCUGCCCUGAGAGCAGUGGGUAACAUCGUCACCAGGGAUGACAUCCAAACCCAGGUCAUUCUUAACUGUUCCGCCCUCCCUUGCCUCCUCCACUUGCUGAGCAGCCCCAAGGAGUCAAUCCGGAAGGAAGCUUGCUGGACCAUUUCAAAUAUCACUGCUGGCAACAGGGCUCAAAUACAGGCUGUCAUAGAUGCAAAUAUCUUCCCCGUGUUGAUUGGAAUUCUUCAGAAAGCAGAGUUCCGUACAAGGAAAGAGGCAGCCUGGGCCAUCACCAAUGCCACAUCAGGAGGAACCCCUGAGCAGAUCAGAUACCUCAUCUCACUCGGCUGCAUCAAACCCCUGUGCGACUUGCUGACUGUGAUGGAUUCAAAGAUUGUGCAGGUGGCCCUCAAUGGGUUAGAGAACAUCCUUCGGCUUGGAGAGCAAGAAGGCAAGCGCAGUGGCUCAGGGGUCAAUCCGUACUGUGGCCUCAUUGAGGAAGCCUAUGGCUUGGAUAAAAUUGAGUUUCUCCAGAGCCAUGAGAACCAGGAAAUCUACCAGAAGGCCUUCGACCUCAUUGAGCACUACUUCGGUGUAGAAGAUGAUGACAGCAGCCUGGCUCCCCAGGUGGAUGAGACACAGCAGCAGUUCAUCUUCCAGCAGCCUGAGGCCCCUAUGGAGGGCUUCCAGCUAUAAUGUCUGCCUCCGGGGAGGGGAGGGGAUGGGAAGCACCACCAACCAGCGGAAAAGCAGCCCUCUGGUGGGCGGGAAACCAGACCCCCCAUCAUCAGCCACCACACACCUCUGCUGCCCUAGAAACUGCUCUUGACCUGCUCCGCCCCCUUCCCUGGAGGGAGCACCCUCUGGACAGACAGAACCAUCUGAGGCUCACAUUUGGGUUUUGUGACAAGAAGGGGACGUGUUGGGUUUUUCUUCCUUACACUAUAUUUUGGCUGCACAUAUGUCUUUAACCCAGGAGCCCAGGGGUAGACAAAGGAGGACUGAGGUAAUCAAUUUUGCACCUUUUAAUUUUUGGGUUUUUUUUUGUUUUUUGUUUUUCCUUUAGUGGUGACUUCCUUCCCUUUUAUCUUCCUUCAUCCUUCCCAGUUCUCUGCCCUGAUCUGUGUUAACUCUUAUCUUGGGCACUUGAGCAGAUAGAAUAUUCCAGAGGUGGGGGGUGGGAGGGGAGGGGAGAAAUUCAAAACAAAGUGUUCUUGCUCUGACAGAAUAUUAAUCUUGUAUGCUUGGAUUGAGUUAUUUAAUUUUUUUUUCUUUUGUACAUUUUUCUUGUAUUAAGAUUGCUCUUUCCAAGAGCCAUGAGUUCCUGGUUUUAGGAAUCCCAGCUGCCAGCAUGGUCUGGGACUGGAGGCUGAGAGGGAGGUCACUAUGAGAAAAAGGUUCCUUCCUCCCUCUAACCCCUUCCCAGACUCUUUAGUUUGGGAGAACUCCUUCCCUCCAGGGGCACGUACACCAGUGGGAGUGGAGGGGAGGAGCACAGGCCUUCAGAUGGGGCUUCCUAUAUGUCGCUACUGAUCCCAUGUUUCCUAUCCACCUUCCAAUGGUGCGACCCAACUUCAUUUGUUUACUUGAAAAUUCCCCUCGGAGUUGAAUGAACCUCUGAGGUAGCUGUAUUUUCUCCUAAGCA